AUGGCCUCGUCUACUCAAACAACUAUCAAACAAGAACCAUUCUUGACAAAACCAUCGACAUCAAAACAGUCGGCGACGACGGCAGAUUUGAAAGAAGACUUGAAAGCCACUACUAAACCAGAAGAUGAAACAUUUGAGCAAUUUUAUUCUGAAGUUAAGGCGAUUGAAAAACGUGAUGCUGUUUUAACGCCUGAACAACAAAUCAAUCGACUUCUUCGUCCCGGUGCCACAUAUUUCAAUCUAAAUCCAUUCGAAGUACUUCAAAUCGAUCCAAGUACUCCGUUCGAAGAAGUUGCGAAACAUUAUCGACGGCUAUCGAUGCUUGUCCAUCCGGAUAAAAAUCCGACGAUGACUGAUCGUGCUUCAGUUGCAUUCGAAGCUGUUAACAAAGCAUAUAAAAUGCUCGAAGAUGAAACAGAGCGAAAAAAGUGCAUUGAAGUCAUCGAAGAAGCUCGUGAACGUGUAGAUAAAAUGAUAGGUCCUGUUUCUACCCUCCUUCUAGUAUGCAUUGCUCAACGAACUGUUUUCUUCGAUCAUUCAGCAAAUCGGAUUCAAGAAAAGCGUGUGAAAUAUAAAAAUCAACCGAUUGAAGAGGACACUCCCGAAGGACAUAAAAAAGCAAUGUGGUCAGUGACAUGCAAGUUAUUUGCCGAUAUCGAACGAUUACGAGUUCGAGAAGAAGCGAAUAAAGCUGAAGAACGAAAACGCAAAGCGGAAGAAACAACUGAACGCGAAGAACGAACAAAACUGCGUAAAGAAUGGGAUAAAAACUAUGAGGAAAGUCGAGAGACACGAGUCAACAGUUGGAAAUCGUUCCAAACAGUAGCGAAAUCGAAAGAUUCAGUCAAAGGCAAAGGGCCAGCUCUAUUCAAACCACCAAAUCCGGUGAUACAGCUCAGAAGAUGUCCGAUUCAAUCAAGAAAGAAUAGUGCAGAUGUGAGAUUUGUUCUUGUGUGA